AUGGACAAUCGCACAAUUGUACCGAACUCAAAGCUCGAGCGCCGUGAAACAUCGUCCUCUUCCAGUUCCUCCUGGAGCGAAAAAUUCCACUUUCCAUCCCUUGCUGGUCUUCGAUCCCGAACCUCUGCAAACUCAUCAAGAGACUUAAACACCCGCUCCAAGUUCUUCGGCUCCAGGUCUCAGUCGCCAGCACCAUUGGCGAUCCGGGAGAGCACUUUUUAUGAAGGAUCUCCAGCAAGCCCCCAUCGUUCUAGGGCCGGAAAACGGAACUCAGCUAUGUCAACGAGAGGCAGCAGCGAUUAUAAGAGGUACAGUGGAACCGUCAACCACUAUGGGCGGCACUCGAACGACUGGCUCUUCGGUGGCUUCAGCUUGAGAGAUACUGUUCGCGAUGGUGUUGAGAAGCUGCUACACAACCACGACAAGGAGAGCUGA